CCUCGUAUUAUCUUUAUCCAACCUCAACGGCUCAACCUGGGGGCAUUGAGUUCGUCCCUGGCCCCUGGCUCUCUGAAACUCUUUGCCUCUCUCGUUUUCAAAACCCUGGAUUUCUAGGGUUUAUUUGUCUGUCUGGCAUCACCAUGAAUCGAUAACUCUUGGGCUUCGCCCAAGAAAAUGGCGAACAUUAACAACAAAGACGAACCAAGCAAUGCUCCUCAGCCAGAUCGGUGGUAUAACCUGACCCUAGGUUCAUCUUUUAGAGAUCAUUCAUCUACCAAGUUCUGCACUUUACGAUAUGAUUUUAAGCCGGCAUCAAUCGAUAAGACUCAGCCUGGAUCACUCCACAAGAACAAGGAAAAUAGAGUCACUGUAGAAUUUCAUAACAAUCAACCUGGAAAACCCAAAGUGACCUUUGAGGGCAGCAGCGAGGUUUGCAAGGACAACGAUGGAGUACUGUUCUUUGACGGCGAGACAUUCCGAUUAGAGAGGCUGCACCGGGCAGUGAAGCGGUUGAGGUAUCUACGACAACCCGGAGAGUCUGCAGCUGCUGUGUCCGCAGCCGCUUCAGUAGGACCAUCCGUGGAAUCUCGUUCUCCGCCGCUUGGAAAGUCGACAAAAUCACAGCCUAUGAAUAAAAAUAUAGCUCCCCCGGUACAGGUUGAGGUGGAACGAAUUGACAUUGGUGACUCAGAGAGCCCAGGUACAAGACCUACUGGAAGGACAGUGGCUGAUUAUCCAACUGCUGCACCAAAUCCACCGAGUGAGUCACCAGACCUGGAGGAGCACCUGGAUAUUGUCAUUGAUGAUGAGGAUGAUGGGAGAACAUCUAACAAGGGGAAUGCUGCUGAACAAAUGAUCAAUACUGUGCUUGGUAUCAACCAGAAUGACACGGAUGAUGAGAUCGCUGAUGUAGAUGUCAGUGAUGAUGAGGCAGAAAAGGGCCCUAAUGCCGCAGAGGCCUUGAGGGCUCAGGUGAAUGCUGAAGAAAGAGAUGAGCAGACUUCAAGUUCAAGUGGGAGCAGUGAGAGCAGCAGUGAGAGUGGAAGUGGGAGUGGGAGCAGUAGUAGUGACAGUGAAGCGAGUGAUGAAGAUUCAGUCAAUUCUAUCUGAAAUAUCAAAGUAAGGUGGGGUUAACUUUUAUUUAAACACCCCAAAUAACAGGUCUAAAGAUACAACAAAAACAAAAAUGUGCUCUGCAAUCGCUCAAAAGGAAAAAAUAGAAAAAACAAGUAAAGUGUUCCUCUAUGUUAGGGAGCAUAUUUGGAUCAUGCAGGAAUAUUUGUGUAGGGUGCUUUAGUGAUUUUUCCUUUCAGGAGUUCUUGGACAGAUGAUGCAUCCACUGUGGUUAGGUUUAUUUACUUCAUGUAAAAGCUAUGUUAGUUGUGUAAAAUCGCAUUCUUUUCAUUAGUCUGCAAGACGAAUGUGGGAAUUCAUUCAAGUUGGGGGUGGGGGAGGGGGAGAGUAUAUAGAAAUUGAGUUGUGGCUUCUUUUUAGCUGAAAAGUAUUGUUAAUGAACUAA